CGGCUUUUGAUGGUGUUCAACCAAAAUGUCGAACCGGCUGUUAAUAAUCCAGUUUAUUGAAAACCUUUUCCAACAACUCAGUCGCCCGCAGUCUCGAAGUGGUGCAAUAAUUCUCCAAAGUUGUUUAUCAACAAAUCGCGAGUGGGAAUGUGAACUUUUAAAUUCAAGUUCAAGUCCUCCAUUUAUUUUGCGGAAAUAAAAAAAUUAAUAAAAGUGGUUAAAUAAAAAUGAGUGUUUAAUUAAUUUAAAGAAAACAUGCUGUUAUUAACUGCCGAUGGUGUUAUAAACAUAACGAACUUUUCCAUCGGGAAUUACAGUGUAUUAACCUUAAAUGAAGGAUUCAAAAAUUCAGAUCCCAUCAACCUGUACCCGUUUUCAAUUGUGCUGCCGUUCACAAUCAUCUACAUCUUCGUCUUCAUAUUAGGAGUAUUGGGUAAUAUAAGUACUUGUACAGUGAUAGCAAGAAAUAAGAGACUGCAAACAGCUACCAAUUAUUACCUAUUCAGUUUAGCUUGUUCCGAUAUGUUGUUGUUAUUAUCCGGAUUACCUCCGGAAAUGUAUAGGAUAUGGUCUCCGGAUUAUUACAUAUUCGGACAAGCGUUUUGCAUCGUACAAGGAUUGGCGGCCGAAACUUCCGCAAACGCUACCGUGCUCACAAUAACGGCGUUCACCGUCGAAAGGUAUUUGGCGAUUUGUCACCCUUUCAAAUCCCACGCGUGGUCUAAACCCAGCAGAGCCGUCAAAUUCAUAGCUGUCAUAUGGAUAGUAGCUUUAGGUUUGGCUAUACCGCAAGCGAUACAAUUUGGCGUCGUGGACGAGAUACAAAACGGUACUUUGAUUAGAUUAUGUACUAUCAAAAAUAUAUUUUUCGACCACGCAUUCGAAAUAUCCACUUUCGUUAUAUUUUUCGUUCCUAUGAGUUUAAUUACCGUUUUAUAUGUUAUGAUCGGUAUACAGUUGAGGAGAUCCGAGAAUAUUUCUUCUUCGAGGCACACGUCUUCGAAUAGCAGCGACCAGAGAAACCAAUACGGUAGGAAGAAUGUUAGUAGGAAUAACGCAGCUCAAAAGAGGGUCGUUAAAAUGUUAGUUGCAGUAGUAGCAGCUUUUUUUAUCUGCUGGGCGCCAUUUCACGCGCAAAGACUAUUAGCCGUUUAUUUAUCAACUGCACCAACCGAAACACAAGAAAUGUUUUCAGAUUUAUAUCUUUAUUUAAUGUACAUUUCUGGGGUACUAUAUUUUAUUUCCACGACGGUUAAUCCCGUACUAUAUCACAUUAUGUCGAAAAAAUUUAGGACGGCAUUUAAGGAAACGUUCUAUGAUGUUUGCUGUUGUAAAUCUAGGAAUAAAGGUCAUUACGCCGCGAUAAGGAGAGUACCACCGAAAAUGCGCGACAUGCCCCGAUCUGCAUCCGAAGGUUUGGCCAACAACCCCAAUUUACCACAUCCUAGCUCGAAGUUAUCCGAAAGUAGGGGAAGCAGUUUUCUGUCGAAUUCGAGUAGGACUACAUCUCUUUGUGAUAGAAAUAGAUCGAUAGCUUGCGAACGAGGAUUGGAAGAGGAGAAAAAUAAUUUCGUUCUACCGUUAAAAUUCAAUAAAAUAUCACAAAAACAAGGAUCAGAGUCCAAGAAUAGCGUCAUCAGUAAUUCUAGUUUGAAAGAUGCCGACGUAGAUGAAUUUACUCGUUGUGAUUUGGUUAAAAAUAUGAUUAAAAUAAAUGAUGAUUUA